UUUGUUUGAAUAUAACUAUUGAAGCGAACAAAAGUUUAGUCAUGUUCUCAUCAAAACACUGUUCUUUAUAAUUAUAUCUUCAAUCGCUUAUUUCCAAUUUCUGUAAAUCAAUUCAGAAAGUUAACGGGAUCUGUGUAACACCCAACAUGAUUUUGACGCUUCAUCACAGUCAUUUGUUCAUCAUCUGAACUUGGCCGAUGGCCGAAGACGGCCAAAGAUGGCAGCUUCCUUGUGUUCGAGUCAAGUGAUAAACAAUAAAUUGAGUGAAAUUUUAAGAAGACGCAUUUGCCUAAAACAAGUACAAUUUGGUACAUACUCAAAUCGUCGAUUACUUUCUAAUUUAGGGGCAAGAAAUGUUCCUUUCGAGGGCGUUCCACGGCAAGAUAGGUACCCAAAUUUUGAUGUUUUCUGUGAGGCUGUGAGGAGCUCACAUUCGCACAAAUAUGUGUAUAGUAGUUGUAGUAAACUCUAUAGUGGAGCAAAUGAAAGGACUCAGAAUAUUAGUGGUCAUAUUUUGCAUACAGGAAAAUACACACACUAUAGUAAAGAUAGAGGGAAAACAGAGCUUAUGAUAUCACAAAUAAGAUGGAAUUCAAGUGGUAACCCGGCAAAAAGUUUGCCCCCUUUGAUGAAUUUCCCAGAAAUAGUCUGGCCUAGUGUCAUUAAAACUGUGAAGAACAGAGUUUUAUCUAGUUUUAUUAUUACUCCAUAUUUUGAUAGAGAGUUCCGUCUCUCAGACUUUGUUCAAGGCUCUAAACAGGCUGUGCAGUGUGUAUCAAGCUACUUGUCGAGGGGAGAUUACAAUUCUUUGGAAGGUUUAGUGACUAAAGAUGCCUUAAGUGAAGUAAAAAGAAACAUGUCUUUAUUCUCUGUUGAACAAAGACAUGAUUUGUUUGUAGAUAAAGAAGAUAUUUAUUUUUCAUUUCCAUAUCAAAUUGGAAUUAUGUUCAAUGAUGAUGACCAGAAUCAGCAAAGAUUUGUGGAAAUUACAAUGGUGUAUCACAUACUUCAUGGUUUGAAGGAAAUGAGAGCUCAAGAUAUAAAUCCUCCAUUAAAUCUAGGGAUGCUGCCUGAAUAUCAAGAUAAACUUCAUCUUUGCAACUAUCGCUUUAUUCGUGAAUUUACUAAAGGUGUUGAAAGUGAUUGGACUGUAAAUGUUGUGAACCAUUUUAAACCAGUAGAUCAAAUCAGAUCAUGAAUAAAAUUGAAAAAAAUGUGCAUUGACUAUACAUUAUUGUAUUUUUGUCAUGUUUAGUGAGAUAAUAAUGGUUAUAAAGGAUUGGUAAUGCACAAAUAUUAAAUGUUUUUUAUGGACAUAUUUUGUUAUUUAUUUAGUUACUUUAAAACAUUCCUUUGCCUUCCUAAACAUUACUUAUAUUAUUAUCUGAAAGAUUAUACAAUAAAUAGUAAUUUCUCUACCACAUCAAUUUCAAAUCAGAAUUAAUUGAUUGAGCAUGCCUUUUACUUUCAGACAUAAUUUAUUUCUUGUUACUUUUUGUUCAUUUAUUUGAUAAAAAACAUUUAAUAUAUAUUUUUAUAAUGUGACAGUAUUUCAUGUAGAUCAUUAUUGAAGGUGUGCAUGUGGGUUUUUUAAAGUUGCAUUAUAACUUCUUGGUCAAAUAGCAACCAUUGUGAUUUUUAAGAUGGUAACUGUAAAGGAAACACACAAGGAUAACAUGAACUCUCACAUUCAUGCAGGUUUUGAAACUGCAACACUUCAAAUCAAGGCAGACAUUACCCUUCAGCCUUAGCAACCUCAGCUAAGGGAGCAUUUAUUGUGGUUUGUGUGUUAACUUGGUAUAUACUUUUUAUUUUUCCCUUUUCCCGAUCCCAAAUGAAAAUCUAAUACCAGUCAUAAAAAUUUGAAUUUUUAUGCAUGCGAUGGACUGUAGAUGCAUAUUUUGAAUUUCAACAGUUUUUUUUUAAUAAUUAUGCUCCAAAUUGUUGAUACAUACUGAAGAGAGUACUCUUUCUGUUGUUUCUGUAUUUGAAUUUUAUUCUUAUAGAAGUUGAGAUACAACAGUGUCAAAUUGUCCUAAAUGCUUGAUCGUCUAGAAAUGUUAAGAACUGUAAAUUGUGUGAAUGUAAUGUCAACAAUUGUGGAAAGUAACCUUUUAAUAGAUAAACUGCCCAAUUCAAAUAAGGAGGUCUCGUAAGAAAUAAAUAAAACAAGUGUGUUUCAUUAUAUUAGCAUAUUGCUUUUCUAAGAAAAUGUAACGUAGUGUAGUGCUAUAUAUGUUCAGAGAUGUCAUUGAUGUUGAAACAUGUACAAGCUAUACUCGGCAAGAUGAAAAUCUGAUUGAUAUUUUCCCAGUUGAAGAAUGAAUCAUUCAUGAAUUAUUAACUGGUAAAGGUGGCUCAGGGGGCAACUGAUGUCAUUGCAGUGCCUUUGACUGGAAGGAUGCAGGGUUCAAGUCCUGACCGUGACAGGUUUUUUAUCACUAGCUGUAUCAAGUUCAGGUGCUGUCUGGAAGAGAAUUCAAGUGGCCAGUUGAUCUGAUCUGAUGGUUUCGCAUGGUUUCUUCAAUCAACAUCAAGCAAAUGCCAGAACAGUGCGCUAACAAACAGACUGUGUGUGAUCUUUCCUUCUUCUUCCUUGUCCUAUUAUCUCACCUCAAACAUGUACACUCACAUUCCAUACAGUAUCACACAUGUCGGGAGCUUAGAACUCGACCUGGUUGGGGUGGUACCAUGGGCUUCUGGGAGAUUCCUGGUUGGGAAAAAUUCCUGCAAGUCAUUGUAGGUUGGUACCGGAUCUCACCAGCCAGCAGAGAAGAUUACAGCCUUGCCCUGCAAUAAAGCAUGCACUACACUUAUGGGACGAAUGACUUAUCCGUUAGUAUGCCCAGAAUCACUAAUCAAUCAUAAUGUUAUAAUUUAUAAUAAAUAUUAUACUUUCUACAAUAUGAUUCUGUGCUCACAAAAACAUCAUUAAAUCAUACAUUAAUGCUUUGACAGAUUGUAUGUUUCAUUAGUGACAUUUUUUAAAAUUAAAAGAGAA